UUCCUUCUUUCUUUAACAAAGGGUCUUCUUGUUCCUGAGAAUUUCUAGGGUUUCUGAAAUCCAGGAGAGAUCCAAUCGCAAUGGCAAAUCAAGUAAUCACCGGAAUCAAGGAAACAGCUCAAUCGAUUACAGGCGCGGCUCGUCCAUGGGGCGAUUUCCUCGAUCUUUCCGCCUUCAGCGUUCCUUCCUCCGUCGCCGAUGCAACAACUCGCGUAACUCAGAACCUGACUCACUUCCGCAUCAACUACAGUAUCAUUCUCUCAAUACUCCUAGGUCUAACUCUAAUCACACGUCCCAUCGCCAUCCUGGCGUUUAUCGCCGUUGGCUUAGCUUGGUUCUUCCUCUAUUUCGCUCGCGAGGAGCCGCUCACGAUCUUCGGAUUCACUAUUGACGACGGCAUCGUGGCUGUGCUUCUCAUCGGUCUUUCGAUUGGGUCGCUAGUUACCACCGGAGUCUGGCUUAGAGCUCUCACCACCGUUGGAUUUGGUGUUCUGGUUUUGAUCUUACACGCUGCGUUAAGAGGAACGGAUGAUCUUGUGAGUGACGAUCUGGAAUCACCUUAUGGACCGAUGCUCUCUACCGACGGCGCUCGUGGUGAUUACAGUGGAAUCUGAUCAACACAUUUGCUUCUGAUUUGAUAAUGGAAUUUGGGGAUUUAGGGUUUUGUUGUGUUGUAAAUUGUCAUUGUUUCUUUGUGUCUCAUUAAGCAUCAUUGUUCAUGACAAAAUAUGUUUGAAAGAAAAAAUCGGUUUAAGAAGAGGAUUGAUGCUACCGGUUCGUUGGUGGUAUUCCUUAACACCAAUGAAAGCUAAAAUCAGUGUCUGUGACUAAACCAUGAACACCAACCAGAGAGUAGUAGGUAAAAUGUACAUUAAGUUGAGAGAAAUGUUUUGCUUUGCAGUGUCUUCACAUUUU